AGCACCAACGGUAUCCUUCUUCUCAAAACCGACCCGCCUCUUUCCCUCUUCACUUCACUCACUUCCUCUCCUCCCUCUCUUAAACGUUUAGAUAUUUGAAUUUCAACUUCUUCUUCUGCAUAUUUGCAUUUCAUCUUCUUAUCGAACUUGGCGGACAUACCAAAGCCAAAUUAACAGUAAGUAUUUCCACUUUUCGCGUACUUGAGCUUCUCCUUGCACGUCCAAUAAACUGCACUUCUCCUUGCAACCUCAGUUUGAUUAUUAACUGCUUGAUAAAAUGCCUCAACGAUAUUGGCCGAUUACAUGCCUUCGGUUACUUACUUCUGUACUUGGAAUUCGGCGCCGUGUUAUAAAAAAUGUAUCUUUCAAGAAAAAUUGAAGGGUGUUUUUGUUGGUAGUGAGUUGAUUGGUAAAUGUUUCUGCCUGGAUAAGAUGCUUCAUAUAUGGAAAUUCAACCAUCGGACAGCUUCAGUUUGCCCUUCUGUUUUAUAUCUUGCACUUGCUGAUGCUAGUUAUAGCAUAGCUCGGGUCUCUGAAUCCCAGCUUCGAGCUUAUUCAAAUGCCGGGCCUGUUUCUGGGUUCGUUGGCGCUUCUUCUUUGGCCAACUCAAAUGUACGAGAUGCUAUUUUGAGAUUUCCAGAUCAAUUUACACUUAAAGUAAACUUCUUUUCAACUGUGGCGGGAACAAUCUUGGUCCAGGCUCGAGACCCAGCUAAAUUAACCAUGGAGAUACAAAGUGCAAUUGAUGAGCACAGACUAAAUGAUGCAUGGAAGUUGCAUGAGCAGCAUAUGCAGAUGGAAGGGUUUCUUAGGAAAUCUGUUGUCAAUAAGCUCUUAACAAGUUUUGUAGAAAGCUUUUAUGUUCAGUGGCUUGAGAGGGCUUAUGGGUUGGUAGAACAGGCUAUUGAGAAAAGCAGACAGAACUUGUUAGAGAAGGAGACACUGAUUUAUCUCUCUUUGGGUCUUGCCAAAGCUGGAUUACCCAUUCCUGCGUCGACUGUUUUGAGAAAGAUGGUAGAAAUGGAACAGUUUCCGCCUGUUGCUGCCUGGUCUGCUAUCUUGGCUCACAUGUCUCAAACAGCUCAAGGGGCUUACCUUGCUGCUGAGUUGAUAAUUGAGAUUGGUUACUUGUUCCAAGAUAAUAGGAUCGACCCACGUAAGAAGUCUAAUGCACCUUUGAUUGCUAUGAAGCCGAAUACUACUGCUUUCAACAUUGCUUUGGCUGGCUGUCUCAUGUUUGGGACAACUAGGAAAGCAGAGCAGCUCCUUGACAUGAUGCCUCGAGUUGGUGUCAAAACUGAUGCUAACUUAUUGAUAUUAAUGGCACAAAUAUAUGAGACAAAUGGACGAAGAGAUGAGCUUAGUAAACUUCAAAGAUACAUCGAUGAAUCCCCUAACCUAAGUGAUAUUCAGUUCCGGCAGUUCUACAAUUGCUUGCUGACAUGCCAUUUGAAAUUCAGGGAUCUAGAUUCUGCAUCCAACAUGGUCUUGGAAAUGCUACGGAAAGCAAAAGAAGCAAGAAAUUCUCUUGCAUUAGCAACACUGGUAUUUGACGCUACUGGAAGGGGAAAUAAGUCCCCUCUUGGAUCGGGUUUUGGAUCCAGGAAAAGUACGAGCUCUGGAGAAUCAUAUGGUCAUAUUAGUAGUCCUUUAGUAUCUUAUGAGGAGUUUUCUAUGGAUAGAAAUUUCUUGAGACUUGAGGCUGAGGCAAAGGAAGUGCUUGGUGUAGUGUUAGCUAAGUUGCAGAGCCAAGUUGAAUUGAUAACAACAGACCGCGGUAUCCUCCAGCCAACUGAAAAAAUAUUUGUGAAAUUAGUUAAGGCCUUUCUAGAAGCGGACAAGACCAAGGAUUUGGCAGAGUUUCUUAUAAAGGCAGAUAAAGAAGAUUCCCCAGCUUCCAAUGAUGAUUCUGCCUUGGUUCAUGUCAUUAAUUCAUGCAUAUCACUUGGAUGGUUAGAUAAAGCACAUGACCUUCUUGAUGAGAUGUGCUUGGCUGGUGUAAGAACUGGUUCUUCUGUGUACUCCUCUCUUCUAAAAGCAUAUUGUGAAGCAAACCAAGCAGGAAACGCAGCAUCGCUUUUAAGAGAUGCUCGUAAGGGAGGUAUCCAGCUAGACUCAAGCUCUUAUGAGGCAUUGAUCCAAUCUAGGGUGCUUCAAAAUGAUACACAGGGGGCCCUCCAUUUGUACCAAGAGAUGAAAGAGGCGAAGAUACCAAGAGCUGGUCAUCAGGAGUUCGAAAGGUUGGUAAACGAAUGUGCAGGAGAAGGUGGUGAACCUAGGUUGAUGGCAAAGCUCUUGCAGGAAAUCAAGGAAGGACAGACAAUGGAUUCCGGGGUUCACGACUGGAACAGCAUAAUCCAUUUUUUCUGCAAGAAGAGAUUGAUGCAGGAUGCAGAGAAAGCUCUGACGAAGAUGAGAAGUUUGGGGCAUGCCCCGAAUGCUCAAACUUUCCAUUCUAUGGUCACAGGCUAUGCUGCUAUAGGAGGAAAAUAUAUAGAGGUGACGGAGCUGUGGGGGGAGAUGAAGUCUAUUGCUUCUGCCACCUCAAUGAAAUUUGAUCAGGAACUCCUGGAUUCUGUUCUUUACACGUUCGUGAGGGGCGGAUUCUUCAGUCGAGCAAAUGAAGUGGUGGAAAUUAUGGAGAAAGGGAAAAUGUUCAUCGAUAAGUACAAGUACCGAACACUCUUCUUGAAGUACCAUAGAACAAGUUACAAGGGCAAGGCUCCCAAAUUCCAGACAGAAUCUCAGCUUAAAAAGAGGGAAGCAGCUUUAGCGUUUAAGAAUUGGGUAGGUGUGUGUUGAGGAAACUAUCUUCUUAUCAGCUUCAUACAUGCCUCAGCUUUGAUCCAAUGAACUUGAGAAGAAGUAGAAGACACUAUAGUUCUUGGUUAUCUGUGUUAAUUAGUUCUUCACCCAGAAUGAGAAAAGGCUAGAGUUUAUGUC